AUGCCAUCAGUGAACUAUGUCGUUUUCCUAAGUUAUUGUUUGUUGCAUCUAUGCAGAAAUAAAACCAAGAUAGUGGAUGCUGGUGCACUUGAGCCCCUGCUUGGUUAUUUGCGAUCAAGCGAUCCAAAUUUGCAGGAGUACGCCACUGCUGCUCUCCUUACACUUUCAACCUCAUCCACCACUAAGCCUGUCAUAGGUGCCUCAGGAGCAAUCCCUCUACUUGUGGAAGUCCUCAAAGGAGGGAAUCCCCAAGCCAAGAAUGAUGUUGUGAUGGCCCUGUACAACCUCUCCACAAUCGCAGACAACCUUCAAGCUAUCCUUUCUGCCCAGCCGAUCCCCCCUUUAAUAGAGCUACUGAAGGGUGGCAAGAGGUCCUCCAAAACAGCCGACAAAUGCUGUGCUCUUCUCGAGUCGUUGCUCGCUUUUGACCAGUGUCGGGUGGCCUUGACAUCCGAGGAAGGCGGAGUGCUCGCCGUCGUAGAGGUGCUUGAGGAGGGCUCCCUUCAGGGCAGAGAACACGCCGUGGGAGCGCUCCUGACAAUGUGCGAGAGCGACCGCAGCAGGUACAGGGACCUCAUCCUGAACGAAGGGGCGAUUCCUGGUCUUCUCGAGCUUACGGUCCACUGUAGGGCGCCCGAAGGGGCGCCUAAUGUUCUAGUUUUAUCUUCAUUCAUCACAACCUCACUUCUGGACCCGGACCGACGAAGGCGACGGCUGGACCGGAGGCAGCGGUGGCGUGUCACCUCGGUCAUGCAUUAG